UUGUGUCCGGUUUCACUCUGAGCAGGCAUCGCAGAUCGCAGAAGCAAAGCUGAGAGGCAGUGGGACUGGAGCAUACCCAGCAGUCUCAGCCUCAUGCUUUAUCCUGGGCUCUUCCCCUCCUUCUCUUCUUGUCCGCUGUCGACAAUAUCGUGACAAUAUUUAUUUUUUAUUUGUGUUAUUUAGCCACAAAAAAACCAACAAAAAAAGUGGAGGGGGGGAGAAGGGGGCCGAGUCAUGGAGCUUUAUUGCCUGGAGUCGGACAUACCCGUUAGAGCCCAGCCUGACCCGAUUAUUCUCUAUGAUGACAGAGUAUUGCAAAGUUUAUUAACAAUUGAGGACAGGUUUUUACCUCAAUGCUCUUAUUUCCAGCGGGUCCAGAAGGAUAUUCAGCCUUAUAUGAGACGAAUGGUUGCAGGUUGGAUGCACGAGGUGUGUGAAGAGGAGAAGAGUAAUGAAGACGUCUUCCCUUUAGCAAUCAAUUAUUUAGACAGAUUUUUAGCAGUGAUGCCCACAAGAAAGAGUUAUUUGCAGCUGUUGGGAGCUGUGUGCAUAUUCCUGGCCUCCAAGUUAAAAGACUGCAGGCAGCUAUCAGCAGAAAAACUUUGCAUGUACACAGACAACUCCAUCACACCACGGGAACUGCUGGACUGGGAGCUGGUUGUCCUUGGAAAGUUGAAGUGGAACAUGGCCUCAGUCAUCCCCAAUGAUUUUAUAGAGCACAUCAUACGCAGGCUGCCCCUUCCAAAAGACAAGCUGCCAAUGGUCCGCAAACACACGCAGACAUUCAUUGCCCUCUGUGCCACAGAUGAUCGCCUUGCCAUGAACCCUCCUUCUAUGAUCGCCACUGGCAGCCUGGGAGCUGCUGUCUGUGGCCUGCAGCUGGACCACAGUGACCAGAGGCUGAGUCGAGACAACCUGACAGACCUGCUGGCCAAGAUCACAAACACCGAGAUGGAUUGUCUUAGGGCGUGCCAGGAGCAAAUAGAGCGUGUGCUGACCACCAGCCUGCAGCAAGGCCAGCAGGACGGUCAAGAGACUGGCGUCAGAGCAGGCAACAAGGCGAGGAAGCUGCAAGACCAGUCCAGCACCCCCACAGAUGUACGUGAUGUCAACUUAUGAACUCCCAUCAACACCCAACUUGCACACAUACACCACUCAUGCCUGUUUACCAAUGAACUAACUGGAGCAAGGGAGGCAUGAGCUGCCAGUAUCUGUGUUGAGGCACCACGUGGGCGAUGGUGUGACAAUCCAUGAACUUUUAGAAAAAUACGAUUUUAUUUAGUUUUUCUCCUUUUUUUGCCCCAUUCAUACCCUUUUGGGUGUACUUUCCCUUUUUGUACGGGCCACAUGUAAUCAAACAAGCUAUUUAAAAAAAAAAAAUAUUCUUGAAAACUUGAUAGUGCCUUUUGGUUUCCCAGAAUGGAAACCUAAAUAUAUUUUCAUACUUCGAAAAAAAAACAUUAUUAUAUGAAAUAUACAUAUUUCUUAGUAAAAAUAGAUAUGAUAAUGUAUAUUUAGCUAGCAUUUAGUUAUGUUACUCUUUUAUCAUCUUUAGUGAGCAGUUAUCAAUUCACAUUUGUACUGGGUUUCCCUAACAUGUGCAGGCAAACCCCCUAGUAGUAUUUGGAAUGGAUAAAACAGUACAUGGCAUUUAAACCCACAUGAUUUCAGGAGUGCUACUGUAGCUAGCUGCUCUCUCGUACUAUAACCAUAAUACUGUGCACCUGAAGCACUGCUUACUAUUUAUGCUGAAAAGUGUUGGCCAGGAGUGGGCUGGGCCUGCUCACAGAGGAAGUUCAUGAGGGGCUUUGAGGUCUGGAGCAGUGGCUACCGUUAAAGGUUAACACGGAGGACAAGGUCAGUUAUUAAUGUAUUGAUUUCACUGCCAUAUCCACAGACCAGUAGAGGAUGUCAAUAGGACAAUAUUUACAUGUAGUAGAGUUCAGUGAGGCUACGUUUUGUUUUUAGUCUAGCUCCUACAUGUUAGUGUUUAGUAGAUGGUUUGCAGGUGAUUUUAUUCUCAGCUAGGUAGUACUGAUGCAUGAUACUUGAGGAAAAGGAGAUUUGGCAAGUUUCUUUUUUUUUUUUUUUACCAGGUUUGAGAAGAAAUGUAUGCAGGUUAAAAGGGUUUUUGUAAGGUUUUUUGGAAAAGAAAUGCAUGUGGAAAGUUGGGGAUGCUAGAAGUCUGGAUUGAUGAAUGAUAGGAAAUUGGCAAGAAGUUAUGUAAUGUUUCUGCAGUUUCACUAUACUUGAGUGACACACAGGAGGAAGAAUAAUCCUUAGUGAUGUCCGACAGGACGGGGACCAGAUUAGUUGUGCUGCAGUUUCUCCUGUUAUUAAUUUCACCAUUAGCUUUUUUGAGUGGUCGACAUGGAAUAUUAUUUAUGCACUUUUAAAAAUGCACUCCUUAAGGAGGAGUAAGAGGAUGGUGGUUAUGGAGAGUUCAGUUGGUUGUUAGGGUCUUUUUUCUGUUUUCUGUAAGUUAUUUGAUUUUUUUUUUUUUUUUUUUUUCUGGGCUGGAUUCCCAUGGGGUAAUACACAUUGUCUUGAAAGCUAAGCCCCGACAGGUAAGUAGACGUAGGAUAAUCGAUGUUAUAAUAGUAUAUAAACUAAGGAAAUCCAAGUCACUUGUAGACUCUUUUGGAUUCAGUGCGCCUUACUUGAAUUUUUGUUAAUUCAUAGCCAAAACCUUCCAAUAGUUCUUUCAAAGAGUUACACGCAUACUGUGUCCUAAAUAUUCUUGUUCAUGUUUUUGCUCUUUUUUUUAUUUUUAAUGUAAACUGCUCUCUGAACUGAAGUUUUGAGUGAGUUUUCUCCUUUAUAGACAUGGGUAGGUAGGGAUUUACAUGUUGUAAACGUUGUGACUAGAUAACCAAUUAGCAGAAAUGAUAUACAGAAAUGUUUCUAAAUUGUAUUCAUGCAUGUUUGGUUGUGCAAAAAGCCAAAUGUUUUACCAAAAAAGUGCUUUAAACAGAAAAAAAGUUAAUGCUUUUAAAGGCUUUGUGUAUAAUUUGAAAGAUAAUUCCAAAGUGAGAAAACUAGAUUAUACUCAUGAUUCUCUUGCUGCUAUUAAGCUUUUCUUUUCUAGUCUUACACAAAGAUGCCGUAUUGUAAUUCACUUGUGUGCUGCUAUAUUAUGAAAUGUUCUAUAACUUGUCUUCUUAGCUUUUCUAUGUGUACUGGAGGGAACGUAACAGUUUGGUGCGGGACUGGAAGUACUUGUUUUUGCCAAUCUUUUUGAUUAGCAUGUUUUAUUCUUUUUAUUGUUUCAUUUGUAUUUUUACUUUAUAUUCUACCAUAUUCUUGCUGCUUCUUUGUAAUGUUUGUGUACCUCAGGUUAAUUUGGACGGAUAGAGCGAGAGCCCAUCUAUACCUCAUCAAACUUCACAUCACGCACGUCGGUUUUACUCAGAAUUUGUUGGACGGGUUUCAUUUUUUUCUGUUUAGAUGAGAGGAAGGAUGAUGCUUCUUCUCUUUAAAUCGAAUAAGUGCUGCCAGAGCACUGAGCAGUUAAAAGUGCCUUUACUUUAAAAUGGGUUAUUUCAUAUAUGCAAGAAAGAAAAAAAAAUAAUAAUUUGCGUGUUAAUCAGUUCAUUUAAACAUUGUUCAUUGUUGAGGUACCCAUUUAGUGAAAGUUUAAACCAUGAGAAUGUUUUUGUUUAGUGUGGUUGUUUUUCCAGAUUUUUCAUUAUCCCCAUGUGCAACCACACAGUGUACCUCGACAAUUUCUCCUCAAUAAAUUGGCUAAAAAUCAA